CAACAGAGACAAAAAUCCCUCUCUCUCUCUCUCUCAUCAGUGCCAUUUCUAAGGUUUCCAUGGACAAAAUCAUGGGGGAAGGUCUGGCCAAAGAACAAAUGGAUGAGCUUGAAGAAGCUUUUUGUCUAUUUGACAAGAACAGAGAUGGUUGCAUCACCCCUGAUGAACUAAGAACAGUGAUGAUCCGACAAUUGGGUCUGAAUCCGACAGAACAAGAACUCAAAGACAUGAUCAGAGAAGUUGAUGCUGAUGGAAAUGGAACCAUUGAGUUCGGGGAAUUCCUCACCUUGAUGUCCAAAAUCAUGAAGGAAGAAGCGGAGGAGAAGCUGAAAGAGGCUUUCAAAGUGUUUGACAAGAACCAAGAUGGGUAUAUAUCAGCAAACGAGUUGAGCCAUGUCCAUGUGAUGCUUAAUCUUGGGGAGAAGUUAACAGAAGAGGAAGUUGUUCAGAUGAUCAGAGAGGCUGAUUUGGAUGGAGAUGGCCGAGUUAACUAUGAUGAAUUCGUCAAGAUAAUGACUGAGGGAUGGAAAAAAACAAUGUUUGCUUAGAAAUCCGACCAAAAAGAAGUGUUUUUCUAAUGAUGAUUUAUGAAAAGAACAAAAAAAAAAGAAAAAACUAGGUUGAGUGCAUGACAAGACAAGACAAAACCCCUGUUUGAUUUGUCAUUUCUCCAUUAGUUUAUUGUAGUUUCUGCAAAUCUACCAAGUGAAAAAAGAGAAAACUCAAGAAGAAUUCAAACUGGAAAAUGAUUGGAAGAUCAGUAUUUGACUUCAUGUCAAGUUGGAAACUUUUGGGAAAUUAUGGUUUAAAUACAAAGAAAUGAUACUUUUUAUCUAUUAUUCAAUAUUUCAAUGUGGUUUGGAAACUAAAGAAAACAAAUUAGUUUAUAUUGUGAUGUGCAGAAUGUGG